AUGUCCUCGCCCCCGGCGCCGCCCGGCAACGGAGGCAGCAACAGCAACGGCAGCGGCGGCGCCGGCGUCACGUGGUGGGCCAUGAUGAACGGCAGCCUCUACGAGGACAGCCCACCGCCGCCCCCGCACCAGGUGAUAGUCCAGGCGACGCCGCCCCCACCGUCCGGGCCCCCGCCGCCCCCGCAGCAGCAGCAGCAGCAGCCGCCGCCCCCGCAGCAGGCGCCGGCGCCGCCGCCCAGCAGGACCGCCGCGACGCCCGGCAGCCCCCCGGCGCCGCCCCCGCAGGCUCCCACGACCGGCGGCGGCCCGACGAGCGCCACCUCGACGAGCAGCGGCAGCGCCAGCGGCAGCAGCACGCCCGCCGCCUCCGCCGGCGCGCCCCCGGGCGCCCUCGCGCCGCCCCCGCAGCCGCAGCAGACGCCGCCCCCGCAGCAGGCGCCGCCGCCGCCGCACAGCGACGCGAGCGUCGAGGCCACGCCCGCCAACACCGGCAGCACGACGACGUCGGCCGGCCCGCUGCACAUCCCGGCCAAGCGGCUGACGUACGCCGACUGCCCGCCAGACGUGGGCCUCGGCGGCGCCGCGCCGCCCGGGCUCGCCGGCGGCAACGGCGCGGGCGCCGCGGCGCUCGCCGGCGCUGGCGUCAUCCGCCACUCGCAGAGCGCUGUGUCGCAGGGCUCCGGAGGAGGCGCGGGGGGCCAGCCGUGGUCGGCGUACGACUCGUUCGAGCAGCACUACCCACCGCCCCCGCCCACCUACUAUAACCUGGCAGCGGAGCCCGGCGCGGGCAGCGGCGGAGGCGGCGCGGGUUCCGGGGGCGGCGGCGGCGCGGGCAGCGUCCGCUCCUCCAAGUCUUCGUCGUCCACUUCCUCCACCUCGAUGGCGGCCAACGCAGUAGCGGCGGCCGCGGCACUCAGCUUCUGGUCGCCGGCCAACGUGGCGUCGUCGGGCGCCGGGGGCGGCAGCGCGGGAGGCGGGGGUGGCGGCGGCGGGGGCGGCGGCGGCGCGGGCAGCGGCGGCAGCGGUACCAACUCCGGCGGCGGCAACACGCCCGAGUACAAGUACUCGGCGGCGGUGGGGGCGGGCUCCGGGGGCGGCGCGCAGGACUGCCACCAGGGCUUCUCGCCGCAGUCGUGGUGCAACUACUCGGCGUACGGCUCGCGCCACCACCCGGGGGCGGCGGCGGCGCACGUCGACCCGCACCACCACCACCACCACCACCACCAGUACUCGGCCGAGGACCGCGGCCGCGUCGCCGCCGCCAUGUACGGCGCGCCGGACCCCGUGCCCACGUCGCCGUACCCGCCCCCAGGUAGGACGCGCUCCGGCGCAAAGCAGCUGCCUCCGCCGGUAUAA